AGCACUAAUCGAAGAUGCUAAAGUCUUGUCACAGUUAAUAAAUCUUGAAAUUCUGCCAAAGCCUCCUGAGAACGACAUAUGAAAUCUCUUCACCUGACAUGUUAUGGUGACUUCAGCCACUGGAAGAUGUUGGCAAAAAAAGAGUUAAUCCACAUUUUACUACUGAUCCUAAUUUCAGACUUUGCCCAAUCGCAGGUCAAUCCAGCUGUAUGUCGCUAUCCAUUGGGCAUGACUGGAAGACAGAUUCCGGAUGAAGAUAUUACUGCUUCUAGUCAGUGGUCAGAAUCUACUGCAGCUAAAUAUGGCAGGUUGGAUUUAGAAGAAGGAGAUGGGGCAUGGUGCCCUGAGUUACCGGUAGAUCCAGAAGAACUGACUGAGUUUCUGCAGAUUGAUUUGCGGGUCCUUCAUUUCAUAACCUUGGUAGGCACUCAAGGUCGACAUGCAGGAGGACAUGGCAAUGAGUUUGCUCAGAUGUUUAAAAUAAACUACAGCAGAGAUGGCACUCGUUGGAUCUCCUGGAAAAAUCGUCAUGGCAGUCAGGUUCUUGAAGGAAAUGUCAACCCUUAUGACAUAGUCUUAAAAGAUCUGGAGCCACCAAUUAUUGCCAGGUUUCUACGUUUCAUCCCAGUUACUGAUCAUUCUAUGAAUGUGUGUUUACGAGUGGAGCUAUAUGGCUGUGUCUGGCUAGAUGGACUGGUCUCUUACAAUGCCCCAGCUGGUCAGCAAUUUCUUCUAUAUGAUGGCCAGAUGGUUAACCUGAAUGAUACUAUAUAUGAUGGAGCAGUUGGAUACAGUAUGAUGGAAGGACUUGGCCAGCUGACAGAUGGUGUUUCUGGUCUUGAUGACUUCACUUUGACCCAUGAGUAUCACAUGUGGCCUGGAUAUGACUACGUAGGGUGGAGCAAUGAAAGCUUCUCCAAUGGAUACGUUGAAAUCAUGUUUGAAUUUGACAGAAUAAGAAAUUUUACAACAAUGAAGGUCCAUUGUAACAACAUGUUCUCAAAAAGUGUUAAGGUCUUUAAGGAGGUACAGUGCUUUUUCAGAUCUGAGGCUAAUGAGUGGGAAGCCAAUUCUGUCUUAUCGGUCUUGAUACUUGAUGAUGCAAACCCCAGCGCUCGUUACGUCACUGUGCAACUGCACAAUCGUAUGGCAAGGGCAAUCAAGUGCCAAUAUUAUUUUGCUGAUUCUUGGAUGAUGUUUAGUGAAAUCACCUUCCAGUCUGAUGCUACUAUGUACAACAAUUCACUAAGUCCGCCCCGGCCUGCUGGUGUUCCUACCACAUAUGAUCCAACUCUCAAAAUAGAUGACAGCCACACCCGCCUUCUAAUUGGUUGCUUAGUUGCAAUUAUUUUAAUCCUGGUGGCCAUUAUUGUCAUAAUCCUUUGGAGACAGUUCUGGCAAAAGAUGCUGGAAAAGGCAUCAAGACGAAUGUUGGAUGAGGAGUUGACUGUCAGCCUCUCAAUUCCCAGUGAUUGCAAUACAUUUAAUACAAAUCGAAGGCAUGAAUCUGCGUCGGCUAGUGAACAGGAAUCUAAUUCCACCUAUGACAGGAUAUUUCCACUUGGUCCAGACUAUAAAGAACUCACAGCACAAGCAGUUGUAGAGGAGGAAGCUGCAAGUUCUGCAGGCAACCUACCACUGCCCACUAAUGCCGAAGGAGUCCCGCAUUACGCUGAGGCAGAUAUAGUUAAUUUGCAAGGGGUGACAGGUGGCAACACCUACUCAGUCCCAGCAAUCACAAUGGACCUCCUAUCUGGUAAAGAAGUAGCAGUGGAAGAGUUUCCAAGGAAACAUUUAACCUUCAAAGAGAAACUUGGGGAGGGUCAGUUUGGUGAGGUUCAUCUCUGUGAGGCUCAGGGUGUAGAAGACUUUCUGGACAAGGACUUGAUUUUAGACACAAGUGUUGGGCAACCAACUCUCGUGGCUGUGAAAAUGCUCAGAGCAGAUGCCAAUAAGAAUGCCAGAAAUGACUUUCUCAAGGAGAUAAAAAUAAUGUCUAGAUUAAAGGAUCCGAAUAUAAUCCGACUACUGGCUGUGUGUAUUACUGAGGACCCGCUAUGUAUGAUUACAGAAUACAUGGAAAAUGGAGACUUAAACCAGUUCCUUUCUCGUCAGCCAACAGACAGAGAACAGCCAAAUGCCACGUUCAGCAUCAACUACUCAGACCUCAGAUACAUGGCUGCACAGAUUGCUUCUGGCAUGAAAUACCUUUCUUCUCUUAACUUUGUGCAUCGAGACCUUGCAACAAGGAAUUGCCUUGUUGGUAGGAAUUAUACAAUCAAAAUUGCUGAUUUUGGAAUGAGUCGGAACUUGUACAGCGGUGAUUAUUAUAGAAUCCAGGGGAGGGCUGUGCUCCCUAUAAGAUGGAUGUCUUGGGAAAGCAUCUUAAUGGGUAAAUUUACAACAGCAAGCGACGUGUGGGCAUUUGCAGUUACUUUAUGGGAGAUGUUGACUUUUUGUCGUGAGCAACCCUACAGUGAAAUGUCUGAUGAGCAAGUAAUUGAGAACACCGGAGAAUUUUUCAGAGACCAAGGAAAACAGGUGUACCUUCCUCAGCCAACCAUUUGCCCAGAUGCAAUUUACAAAGUUAUGCUAAGCUGUUGGAGAAGAGAAACUAAAGAUCGCCCCAGCUUUCAAGAAAUCUAUCAACUAUUGCAGCAGUCUGGUGUAGAAGAUUAAUCACUGUGGAUCUAUUAUUAAUCACCAAAUAAAUUGUAAUGAAAUAUGUAUAUAGGACAUUGGAAGGAGUCAUUUAAAUGGCUGACAACAA